AAGCUAGUAUCAAGUCUCCACCAACCAUGUCCGAUUCAGCAGCAUCACAAGCAUAUUUAGACGAAGAAGCCAGCUGGGAUUCAUUCAAUCUUGACCCUAGACUUCUUCAAGCAUUAGACCAACUUGGAUUUGAGAAGCCCACCUUGAUUCAAAGCAGUUCCAUCCCGCUUGCUCUUGAAGAAAAACGAGAUAUUAUUGCUAAAGCCAGUACCGGGUCCGGUAAGACUGGUGCAUACUGUAUUCCUAUCGUCAAUAACUUAUUGACUAGGAGCACUGACGAGCAUGAGAUCAAGAGUAUUAUCUUGGUGCCUACCCGUGAGUUAUCCAAUCAAGUAUAUGAGUUUUUGGAAAAGUUGUUGGUUUUCAAUAAUCAAAAGAUUAAUAUUUUGAAUCUUUCUUCGAAUUACAGUGAUCAGGUGUUGAACUCUUUGUUGAUUAACAAGCCCGAGAUUAUCAUAUCCACCCCUGCCAAGUUGAUUCAGACUUUAGAGAAGAAUAGCAAGGGAUUGAUUGAUUUGUCCACUGUGUCCAACUUGACUAUUGAUGAGGUUGAUUUAGUGUUGUCAUUUGGAUAUUUGGACGAUUUGAAGAAGUUGGAAAGUUAUUUACCGAUCAAGAAGAAUUUGCAAACUUUCUUGAUGUCCGCUACCAUAAACGAAGAAUUGAACGAUUUGAAAAUGAGAUAUUGUACUAAACCAGCAAUUUUAAAAUUAAAUGACGAAACCGCCGAAAAGCAAAGUCUUGUACAAUACUAUGCCAAGACCACCGAGUUUGAUAAGUUUUUGCUUUGUUAUGUUAUAUUCAAGUUGAAUUUAAUCAAGGGAAAGACCAUUAUAUUUGUCAACAAUAUUGACCGUGGGUACAGAUUGAAAUUAUACUUGGAGCAAUUCGGGAUAAGAUGUUGUAUUCUCAAUAGUGAAUUACCUAUAAAUUCCCGAUUACACAUUGUUGAAGAGUUCAAUAAGAAUGUUUAUCAUUUGUUGAUUGCGACUGAUGAAACUAAUGAUUUCACCGUGGAAAAGGAAGAAGACAGCGAAGGCGAACGCGAACGCGAAGAACAAGAACAAGCACAAGAGGAAAAGAAAGAGUCAAAGAAGUCCAAGAAGAAAGGUGCAAAGAAAGAUUCAGAGUAUGGUGUAUCAAGAGGUGUUGAUUUCAGAAAUGUUGCAUGUGUAUUAAACUUUGACUUACCAACCACUUCCAAAGCCUAUAUUCACAGGAUUGGUAGAACUGCCAGAGCAGGCAAAUCCGGUAUGGCUCUUUCAUUCAUUAUCCCAUUAAAAGAAUUUGGUAAGCACAAGAUUGCAAAUUUAGCGACUGCGAAAAAGGACGAAAAGGUUUUGCGUCGUAUUAUCAAGCAACAAUCCCGGAAUGGAUUUGAAAUAAAACCAUACCAAUUUGAUAUGAAGCAAGUUGAAGGGUUCAGAUAUCGUGCUGAAGAUGCAUUCAGAGCUGUUACUCAAACUUCAGUGAGAGAAGCAAGAGUUAAGGAAUUAAAGAAUGAGUUGAUUAAUUCGGAAAAGCUUAAGAGAUUUUUUGAAGAAAACCCUCAAGAUUUGGCGACAUUAAGACACGACAAAGAAUUGCAUCCAACAAGAAUCCAAUCGCAAUUGAAAAGAGUGCCACAAUAUUUAUUACCUGAAAGUGCCAGACUGGAUCCAAAGAAUAUUGGAUUUGUUCCAUUCCACAAGAACAAGGUCCACAAAAAUAGAAAGAGGAAGUCAACCAAGAAAUCUGAUCCUCUCAAAACUUUUAGAAAGUAAACUAAGCCUACUUUAUAGAACACAAUAUACAAAUGUCAUUUAU